GUCGCAGAUGUCGAGACGACUGGGGCAAGAACUGCACACGGAGACAAUAGCCGGAGGGGCCCCGUCGUCAUGGUAGUCGUAAGGCAGAGCGAGCCGCUGACGCUCGAAUCUUGCAGUGACCGCAGUGUCUGCAACGCGGGAGGUGCGGAUGGGCUCGGAGACGGCGAGAACUGCGAAGGACAGGACUUUUUGCAGAACCCCGAGCUGGUGAGCUAC